AUGGCACUGGGAUGGGCCUUCAGCAUCUUUCUGUCACUCUGCUUGCUUUGCCUGCUCAUCUCAAUUGCGUGGAAGAGAACCAGCAAGGGAGGGAAGCUGCCCCCUGGCCCCACACCAAUACCAGUUUUGGGGAACCUGUUACAAGUCCGCAUUGAUAACGUAUUUCAAUCCUUCCUGAAGCUCCAGAAAAAAUAUGGCCCUGUGUUCACUGUGUACUUUGGUCCAAGGCCAGUGGUUAUUUUGUAUGGAUACGAGGCUAUGAAGGAGGCCCUGAUCGACCAAGCAGAUGACUUCAGUGGCCGUGGUGAAAUGCCUACAAUAGACAAGAACUUCCAAGGUCAUGGUUUAGCUCUGUCCAGUGGGGAACGAUGGAAGGUACUUCGGCGUUUUUCCUUGACCGUCCUUCGAAACUUUGGAAUGGGAAAGCGGAGCAUUGAAGAGCGGAUCCAGGAGGAGGCUGGUUAUCUACUGGAAGAAUUCCAUAAAGUCAAGGGAGCUCCCAUAGACCCCACCUUCUACCUGAGCCGCACUGUGUCCAAUGUCAUCUGUUCCAUGGUCUUUGGAAAACGCUUCGACUAUGAAGACAAAUGUUUCCAGAGACUGAUGAAGAUGAUCAAUGAGAGCUUUGUGGAGAUGAGCAAGCCCUGGGCACAGUUAUAUGACAUGUUCUGGAGAAUCAUGCAGUAUUUUCCAGGAAGUCACAACUACCUCUAUGACUUGUUAGAAGAGCUUAAGGAUUUCAUUGCAUCCAGGGUCAAGAUCAAUGAAGCAUCCUUUGACCCCUCAAACCCUAGGGACUACAUCGACUGCUUUCUCAUCAAGAUGCACCAGGAUAAAAGUGACCCCAACACAGAAUUCAACCUCAAGAACUUGGUCCUCACCACCCUCAACCUCUUCUUUGCUGGCACAGAAACUGUGAGUUCCACCUUGCGCUAUGGAUUCUUGCUGCUGACAAAGUAUCCCGAGGUGGAGGCCAAGGUUUACGAGGAAAUUAACCAGGUGAUUGGAACACACCGUAUUCCAACAGUGGAUGACCGGGCCAAGAUGCCCUACACUGAUGCUGUCAUCCAUGAGAUACAGAGAAUGACAGACGUUGUACCCCUGGGUGUCCCCCAUAAUGUCAUACGGGACACUCAUUUCCGAGGCUACUUUCUCCCCAAGGGCACAGACGUGUAUCCCUUGAUUGGCUCAGUCCUCAAAGAUCCCAAAUACUUCCGCUAUCCAGAUGCUUUUUAUCCUCAGCACUUUCUGGAUGAACAGGGGCGCUUCAAGAAGAACGAUGCCUUUGUAGUCUUUUCCUCUGGAAAGCGUGUCUGCGUCGGGGAGGCCCUGGCCCGCAUGGAACUCUUCCUCUACUUCACUUCCAUCCUUCAGAGGUUCUCCUUACGUUCUCUGGUGCCUCCUGCUGAUAUCAACAUCACUCACAGGAUCUCAGGCUUCGGCAACAUCCCCCCCACUUAUAAGCUCUGCUUCAUGGCCCGCUGA